ACUUGGGUUCUAACGACAACUAGGGUUUAUCUUCAUAUAGUCUUCUUUCUCCAUAGCUCUAAGGAAAAGCUGCCGGAAAAAGUAACAGACAAAUCCCAGAAUGGUGGGUAUUGACAUUGCUGCGGUACCUUUUAACGCCGACGGUUGGGGCCCGCCUGAAUCCACUACCGCCGGCUCCAUCUCAGUCCCCAAUCACGUGCCAUUCGCACCCUUCUCCCGCUCCGAUAAGCUGGGACGAAUUGCCGAUUGGACUCGUUCUUUGUCUAAUCAGAACCGACCCGGAUCCAACACGAAACAGAAUGCAGUGGACAGUGCCUUUGAUUUCACCGGAGAUGACUCGUUCGCCACGCUAGCUGCUGACGAGGACUCCUCCUUCCGCUUAGUUGACACCGCCUCCAAGUCCCACCACCACGGCCAGAAUCGCCCCAAAUUCAACCCUAGGUGGCGGUUCAACCCCCACCACCAGCGUUCCCAGCUCCCCCAACGCCGUGACGAGGAGGUGGAGGCUCGGAAGCGCGAGGCCGAGAAGGAACGCGCCCGUCGCGACCGCCUUUACAACCUCAAUCGUUCCGGUACCAACGCUGCCUCGCGCCGCGAGUCUUCCGUGUUCAAAUCCUCAGUCGAUAUCCAGCCGGAAUGGAACAUGCUUGACCAGAUUCCUUUCUCCACUUUCUCGAAGCUCUCGUUCUCCGUUCCCGAACCUGAAGAUUUGCUCAUCUGCGGCGGCCUGGAGUUCUAUGAUCGCUCGUUCGACCGCAUUACUCCCAGGAGUGAUCGCAGACUUGAGCGCUUCAAAAACCGCAAUUUCUUCAAGGUCACCACUACCGAUGAUCCCGUUAUUCGACGUUUAGCCAAUGAGGAUAAAGCCACGGUCUUUGCUACCGAUACCAUCUUAUCAACCCUAAUGUGUUCUCCUAGAUCUGUUUAUUCGUGGGAUAUAGUGAUUCAGAAGGUUGGGAACAAGCUAUUCUUUGAUAAGCGUGAAGGGUCUCAGCUGGAUUUGCUCUCCGUGCACGAGACUUCUCAGGAGCCCUUGCCUGAUGUUAAGGAUGAUAUCAAUUCAGCUUAUUCUCUUAGUGUGGAGGCUGCUUAUAUAAACCAGAAUUUCUCGCAACAAGCCCUGAUAAGGGAUGGUAGUAAGGUCACUUUUGAGGAGCCUAACCCGUUUGCUAGUGAAGGCGAGGAGGUUGCUUCGGUGGCUUAUAGGUAUAGGAGGUGGAAGUUGGAUGAUGAUAUGUAUCUGGUGGCUCGGUGUGAGGUACAGAGUGUUUUGGAGGCGAACAACCAGCGAUCGUAUUUGACACUAAAUGCAUUGAAUGAGUUUGAUCCCAAGUUCUCGGGGGUCGACUGGAGACAAAAGUUGGAGACUCAGAGGGGUGCGGUUUUAGCUACCGAGUUAAAGAACAAUGCAAAUAAGCUUGCCAAAUGGACUGCGCAAGCCCUGUUGGCUAGUGCAGAUAUGAUGAAGUUGGGGUAUGUCUCCAGGGUUCAUCCUAGGGAUCACUAUAACCAUGUGAUAUUAGCUGUGGUGGGUUAUAAGCCGAGAGACUUUGCAGCCCAAAUCAAUUUGAAUACUUCUAACAUGUGGGGAAUUGUGAAGAGCAUUGUGGACUUGUUUAUGAAGCUGAGUGAUGGUAAAUAUGUGCUUGUUAAGGACCCGGUCAAGCCUCAAGUGAGAAUCUAUGAAGUUCCAGCAGAUGCUUUUGAGAAUGAUUAUGUGGAGGAGCCUUUGGCCGAAGAAGACCAGGUUCAACCGCCUGCAGAGGAUACAGAAGGCAUUGAGGCAAAUGGUGCAGCAAAUGAUGUAGAGGACAAGGGGCCAAGCACCGAAGCAGCAUCUUAAAGGCCAGAAAUUUAAGUGGCUGUACUUCAAAGUUCAAACUAGUGCUGUUGUUGUUCUAACCCUAUUUCAGUGAUAUUUGAUUGAUGACCUUCCUGGGGAUUGAGGAAUUUUUUAACCAUCUAAAGAGCAUUAAACUGUUUGUAUGAUUAGGCUUUUUUUAGUUUUUUUUUUCCUUGAAUGGUUUUGGACCUUGUGUCAAUGCAUAUUAAAUUGGAAAAUACUCCAUGUAUUCUCAUUCUCUA